AUGCAUCCACUCUGGAGGCUCCUCAUCUUCCUCAACCUGCUGGCCAUGCCCUCGGUGCUGCACAAGCAGCCCUGGCCUGGCUUGGCCAAGGCCCGCGUGGGGAGUGGAUCCACCCUGGCAAGAAUUAUUGCCCAGGGCCUCAUGAAGCACAACGCAGAGGGCCGAAUCCAGAACAUCCACCUCCUGGAAAGCCUGAAUGACUCAGUCCAGGCGGCCCCGGGGAUGGUGGGCUGGCUGAUUGGCAGCACGAACAUCCAGCAGCAGGAAGGCAGCAUCAACAUCACCAACAUUCUGCUGGACUAUGACGGGAUCCGGCUGUCUUUCCACGAGGAGUGGUUUUUGGCAAAUAUUUCAGUUGAAUUUGAUGUGGAAUUCAGACUGCCCUUCAAUAGCAAGAUCAUACAGAUGCGCUCACGCAUGAACCUCGUGGUGGAAUGCUGGCUGGAGAGAGACGAAUUUGGCCGGAGGGAUCUGGUGAUGGGCAGUUGUCACACAGAGCCCAGCAGUGCCAGCGUGACCAUCCUAACUGAGGAUAUCCCACCAAAGAUGAAACAUUUUCUCCGCAACCUCAGGGAGAAUGUGGAAAGAGUUAACCCACGCCUGGUAGAAAGCCAGGUAUGUCCUCUGAUUGACGAAAUCCUCAGGCAGCUGGAUGUGAAACUGUUGAAAAGCCUCCUGGAACGGGCUGCUGCUCAUGAAUUCAACCAGCCAUGA